AUGAAGUUCUUGUGGCCGAUAGUGCUUUCAGUGAUUGGUGCGGUGGCUUAUCCUCAGUCACAUACAGUAGUGAUAACGCAGGUUCCACCACCACCGAAGGUGGUCCCAGUUAACCGAACCUUGGUAUCAUCGGGUUCGCUAAUGGACAGCGACCUGAAGCGAGUUGCCACGAUUGGGAUCCUCUUCGGAGCGGUUCAGGGUGAAGCACAAAUGGAGAAAAAACUCAACCGGCAGCUGACCGAACUGAGUCGGGCGUUCAAUGUCAGCAGAUCGGAGGUGAAGGCUCGAAAAGUGGCUGCCAUCGAGCGGACAAUGCAACGGGACCAAGUCGCCGUCAGGAUACUGAGCGAAGCGCUGAAUUUGGCCAUGAAACCGAUGACCUACGAGCAGUAUAAACGGGAGAUGAGUAAACUUGCUGAGCGGGAAAAACACUCGCUGGGAGUUCGUCUGCUGCCGAUGACGGUGGUGCGGAAAACUUCAGACCCGCUGAACGGCGGGGGCAACCAAACGACGACCGACCUCGAUCUGGCCACCAUCAAGCGACAGGUCACUCGGCACAUCAACCAAAUGCGGAAGAGCCUGGCCGGUAAGGUCAAGGAAACGGUACAGUUUUUGGAACGUCACGAUGCAGCUCUUCCCACCGUUGGUGGUAGUGCGAUGGACCAGAGGAUCGUGAAGAAGCUAAUCGGCAACAAUCGACUGCCGGACUAUAGCUUCUACGAGAAUGUUUACCGAUCGGAUUUGGAGAAUCACAUCGAUGCACUGUUUCGACGACGGCAGGAUGACGGGGACGGAGCUAACGGCAGGGAUAGCAAGGAGAACGGAAACGUGAACGAAGUUACGGUUACCUUGGGAAAAGAGGACGAUGAGUCGGAGUCCGAAUCGGAUGACGACGAACCGCCCGGUGGUUUGGUUGGAUUGAUUGCCAGCCUGAGUGGCGGUGAGGAAGGUUCCGAUGUUGGUGCCUUGGUUGGGGCCCUGUCGGCAGCGAUUACCAACAUUUUCGGACCUGACGGCUUGGACGUCCCUGGCUUGCUAGGAACUGGAACCGGUCUACUGGCUGGCCUACUGGGGGGCGACGAGAACUUCGGAAAGGUACUGGGAGGCUACGUAGGUAUUGCCGUUGAAGGAUUCUCCGGCGGAGGCGCUGACAAUAACGGAGCAUUUUUCGGCAAUUUUCUCGGAGCCGUAAUUGCCGCCUUAAGCUCGGAUCCAGAGGACGAGGAUCUACCCCUCAGACCGGAGCUGUUCAUUAAGAACUUCUUCAGCGGUUUGCAGGAUGCCAAGCGAAAGGGUGAUCCGGCUGCCGAAGGAUGUGGCGAUAGUUGCAAGGGAUCGGACCUGUUCGGCUUCAUCGGGCACGUCGUGGCCUCGAUCGUCGGCGGAGUCACCAGCCUGGUGCUGAACGCUUCGCUUGGUUCGUCCGGUGGUUCCUCGCAGGGUUCGGCCGAUGCUUCCGGGGCGUCCUCGGCCGGCAGCAGUGGCGACGGCUGCAAGCAUCCGUGUGAUGCCACUUCACACUAG